CAGCCUAAGUUCAAUCAAGUCAGGCCCCGCGAUGUACUAUAUCUACGAGUAUUAGUACUCACUAUUCGGGUACUCAAGUUCGCCACUCACUGACCCCCACUGCUCCCUUCAGUAUGACCCUAGUCUCAAAUAGUCCCAACAUGUGGCCUGAUAUCAAUUUUCAUCGCAUGGAAAGCUAUUGUGCAGUAAUUGGUUCCACAGCUGCGUCCACUGUUGUGGUGAUAUACGAUUGGGGUAAGCAGGACAUGGGUUACCAGUUGCUGAAGGAGUUCCUGAUGUUUCUAUGCUAUUCCCAAGUUCUGACAUUCGAACAAGAGGUUGAACUAGUCUGGAAGCGACGCUGGUCCGUCAUGAGUGUCUUAUAUCUCACUUUGCGCUAUGGUGGAAUAAUAUAUGCUAUCCUCGAUAUACCAGGCAUUUUUUUCGUAUUCAAUCAAGAGUGGGUAUUCACCAUCGCAAACAUCAUCCUGGGCGUGAUCAUGAUUGCUCGGUUGCAUGCCAUGUAUCAGCGAUCGAGAAAGAUGCUCAUCUUUCUCGUUGUAUUCUUCCUUGCCUUGACGAUUACUAGCGGAGUAAUCACGGUAACACAAAACACACAUCUUACAGCAGAGGAGGUCGUCCUCUCUGGUACUCAUCAGUGUGAAGACUGGGAAAAUAGCUUUCUUCUAUCAGCCAUAACUUGGAUACUCGGCACUGUAUGGGAAGCCCUCGCGUUAUAUCUUUCAGUCCGUAUUGCUAUCAAGCAUUUCCGCGAACGACUAUCGACAGGAUCGAUCAUCGAGGACUGUUUCACGGUGUUAAUAAAAAGUCAUGUAUUUUACUUUGCAAGCUUUCUUGCUGUUGCUUCCCUCUACAUGAGCUCACUCUCUCCAAGUCUCCGGAACGGAGUUUCCGCGGGAGAUGUGCUUUAUCACGCUGUUAUGCUACUUUCCUCGCUCUUGCAGAUGUUUUUGUUGGGACCGCGUCUCAUCCUCAGCGUUCGAGAACACAGCACUAGGCUUGUGGAUGACUCCGACGGAGCAACUGCCAUGACUACGAUUGCAUUCCAGGAGCGCACACCCGUGUCGACUAAUAGCGGUGUGUAGUAUGGGAAAUACUCCAUGACAUUGAUAUCUUGGCAUGGGUGUAUUGCAGGGAGGUUGAGAAUGCUGCUUGGAUUUCGAAGUUUCGCCAUGAUACCGUAUGAUUGAUAUGUAUUUUCAAUUAUGUUUGAGAAAUAGCCUCCCCGUAUAUUUGGGAAACCCAACACGUGUAGUAAAUGUGACUGGCCAAGGCGUCCGCGC